CAUUGCGUAACCUGAUUGCUCCUCAGUGACAGCUAAACAAAAGUAAGCCGAAAAAUGCUUACCAACUCGAUUUGCGGCAAGAAAGAAUUGCAGCAAAAGCCUAAAUAUGAAAGAGUUUUUGAAAUAAUCGGCGAUUAUAUAACAAAAUUUCUAAGCCAAACCACGUUACAUGGGCUAAUCUAUGUUAGUAAUGCAAGCCUGUCCUUAUGGGAGAGAACCUACUUUUUGCUGUGGUUUGUUGCGGUCAUUACGUUGGCAGUAAAUUUUGCCACGAAUGUUUUUACGCGUUGGGAAACAACACCGAUUAUUAUAGGCAUCGAGGCACAAACGUCGACUAUACGCGAUACCCCCUUCCCAGCCAUCACAAUCUGCAAUAUGAAUCAGGCAUUGCGUAGCAAAGUCGAAAACUAUCCACGCCAUUCACGGGGCUAUGCAAUGACACAGAAGAUAUGUUUGCAAGAUGUCGACUAUAGCCAAUUCGAUGAUCUGAAACCUGCCUCAAAGGAAGACACGUUCACGAAUUUCAUCUGGCGCAAUGGACAGACUUGUAACAAUAUGAUUGUUUACUGUCGUUUUGGGAACAAGGAAGACCGCUGUACUGAUUUCUUCAGAGAGGUGCUAAUGGAUGAGGGCAUUUGUUGUUCCUUUAAUAUUUUACAUCCAUCCUAUUUAUAUAAAGGAAAAUACAUAUUCGUAAGAGACUUCACCUCGUCUGUUGGUACCAUACCAGUCGACUGGAACUUGGAGACUGGCUACGCUGAACAGUUGCCAUUGUACUACUAUCCGCGAAGACCAGCUGGCGCUGGUGUUACCAUGGGAUUCACUUUUGUGCUCAAUGCUAACCUCAGCGAAUAUAUCUGCACUUCAACUUUUAGUACCGGUUUGAAGAUAAUCGCCCACAAUCCAAUCGAUACGCCGCACGUCAAAGAGACCGGCUUGUUCGUUCAAACGGGCUACCAGUAUCUUUUCCGUAUUAAUAUAGACAACUCCAAGUCUCUACCUUCGACACGCACCAUUCCGCCUAAACGUCGCCAAUGUCUCUUCAACAACGAGCUAGAAUUGUAUUACUUCCGGUACUACACGCGCCGCAAUUGUGAGAUGGAAUGUGAUUCCAAAUAUUUUCUACGCCGAUGCAAAUGCAUUCCAUAUCACAUGCCGCUCAUCUAUCAAAAUGCAAGUAUUUGUGAUGUGAAGGAUUUCAAUUGUGAAAGAAUCGCAGAAGCAGAGAUCAAUGACGAGCAGCAUGUGGCCUGCAAGCGUAAGUGUCUGCCUGCGUGCUUCCGUUCGGAGUAUUACCCGGAUGUAUAUGGAACACCACUGGCGAAUACUUCGUUUGUUUUCAAAGAUGGCUUUUUUACGAAUUUUACAAAGCAAGAGAUUCAUGAGAAUUUCGCAUUGGUGCAGGUUUAUUUUGCAAAUGAUUUUUUUAGGUCUAAGGUUAGAUCGCCAUAUACCAGCUUUACGGACUAUUUGUCACAAACAGGUGGCAUUUUGGGAUUGAUGGUAGGUUUUGGAGUCAUGUCAGUUCCUGAGUUCUGCUAUUUUUUUCUAAUACGACCGGUAUUUGAUUUCCUGCUGAAUCGUCUGCCCAGUUCCGUGCGGAAAAUGACUGCAAUGCGAAUUGGAAGAGUUUUCGAUGAAAACGCGGUUCUAAUAGGCCGGCGGCCAGUUUCCCAUGCCCGAAUUCCGUUGGCUACAGCUCACAGACCACUCAAGCACUUUAACGGUUAUACUCGUAACAGUCAAAACAUGUUUAGCGGCUUAAAUAAAAAGGCACAAAUGCAAGGUAGUGAUGCUUUGAACAUUCAUCUGGAAGAGAAAGGCUUAUUUCCAUACACCGAAUGAAAUAAAAGUUUACUACAGAAAAUGAGAAGUGUGCUUUAAAGCCAGAACAACAACUAUUGGUUUUUCUCAAAUUUCGAUACAAAAAAAACAUAAAACAAAAAAAAAACAUAGAAAUAAUAUUGGAAAGGUAAGGUUGCAUUCACAAAAACUAUACCAAACAAUCCUUGCAAUAAAGCAAAAACGCAAAGCUCAAAAAAUCACUUCAAUUGAUUUUGUGAACUCUAAAUAAAAUACACAAAAAUUACAAACAAAAAGUAUCGGUGGCUACAGGGGUGCAGAGAAGAAUACUAACCAAAACCCCAUCCCUAAAUGCCUUUAAAAGACCGACAACCACUCCGAUCGGUGAUGCGGAAGCUGUGAUGGUUCUCGAAGAAAUGGCUCCCCAUAAAUCUGAAGCGCUUAGAAAUCGGUGUAUGUAUCUACGUGGCUCUGAAAGUGAUCGCAAUGCUCUCCACGUGUCCGCCUACUGUUACCGUAUCUCAAAUCAGGACUCCUACUCAAUCUGAGAGGCACGGAAUCUUUGGAUCACCUCUAUGCUCAACGACUUUAAAGAUUGGCAAUGUCUUAUCUAUCGGUUCGCGGGACUGAACAAGUUGCAUCAUGUUUAGCACUUUGUUUUUUUAAAUACAGAUUAUAGAGUUAAGCUCGAAAAUGGAGAUAGUCUACUUCUGUAUAUGUAUGCCUAGUAUAAUGUUUGAUCCGAUUUCGAGAGAUCGUGCUCACUUUCGGAGACUAUUUAGGGAGCUUUCAAAAUCGUGGGUUUUUUUAGUUUUCAGUCAGAUAAUUGUUUUCCGUCU